AUGCCAGUGGCAUUUGAUAAUUCAGAAUUUCAAAUUUCAGCACACCAAGAUCAAGAAGCAGGAGAAUCGAGUCACCAAGAGUCUCCAUCGCGGAGCAAUUUGUGCACAAAUGCUGUAGGUAGUGCAUCACGACCAAGUGUGCGUAAUUCACCUGAGCCAAGCACAUCACACACACGUGCUGCACUUAGUGUGCCAACAAUCACGUUACCAAGACCACGAAUUGGUGGCAGCCAGGUUGAUGAGCAUAAGAGGCUUUUUGGUUACAGAGGUAAAGCGAACUCAAGAGGAAAAUCUAAGAAGCAAAGUGCAGGGCAGACAUGCACGUUAAAGUUUGUAUGUUUGGCUACUCGUUACCCUGUCAAGCCACUGACGAGUGUGAAGGAGAGGACCGCUCUGUCCAAUGCUGGUCUUGGCGAUGCGUCAAUUGUGUUUGACUUGAACGGUGACAGCUCUCACUGCCAUGAGAAAAUUUUGGAAGCAUUUCCAAAGCUUGCAGAGAGUGGAUACGAUCUACAAUUGUAUGACCGUGCUGGAGAAAAUUCUUCGUUUUGUGUUUUAAAGCACCCAUAUUUGCCCAGGAAAUUGAAAGUGGUGGCUGAGCAAUGUAAGAUCUACAUAAAGCCUCUCCAAAAAGACCUCGUUGAAACUGAGAGUGAUGCUGAAGAUGUAGAAGAAGAAGAGGAGGUUAGUUUUUUGGGGGAUUUAUAGCAAUACUAACAGCCCUUUCAAAAUCUUUGGACCAGUGUGCAUGCGAAGUAUUUAAAUCAUAGUUAUGCACUUAAGCAUUCAUAAGUUAUUCAACAAGUGCCGGAAUUUGGAAAUGAUCUGAAGUGUUGUAUACGCUGAAUAAACGGCGGAUCACAAUAUAUAUGAGAGAAUACAUAUUAUGUAAUAUUUUCUUUUCGGGUCACCGUUACACAAUCAGCUCGUAGUAUGUUAGUUUCUAAAAAAAAUGGAAACGUCAACUUUACCAUGGUACCACGGAACAAACCUCAGAUCUUAUGUAUUUAAUGUGUGGCUAGCUUGCUCUCUUGAGUUGUUUUGGUACUUGUUUUAGACUGUUGCCCGUUAUGGUGACGCGUUACUCUAAUUUAAAUAAGGAAUUUAUUAUGUGGCUAUUCCUCAAUAGACCUUUCCGGUAAUUACGUCACAACUACAUUGUUUUCAACUUAGGGCCACCUUAAAUGGAAUGGAUUUCAUGAGCUAUGGACAGAGAAGCAGAUUACAUCCUUCGUCAACACAUGCAUAAAAAGAAUUGCAUGACUCCUCAGCCUUGAUUUCGUGUUUAAGCUUAUUUCCACAUUUAUUGGUCAAAAUCCAAAACCAUAGUCCGUGUCCAUAGCCCGUGAGAAACAAACUUGAAAUCCAUCCCAUUUAAGGUGAUCCUAAGUUGUCCUAAGUUAAAACAGUGUGAGUUGUGACGUAAUUACCGGAAAAGUCUAUUGGUCAUUGACGUUGACCUAUUUUAUAAUGAUUGUAAUUUUACAGAGUAACAGUAUUGUGUUUGACAUUUGUGUUAAAUUAAUUAGUUUAUCUUCAGAGUUUCAGUAGUAACAGGCUACGCAAAGCAACUAACUACAUUUAUGCCACUAUGUUAACCUUUCAAAAAUUAAACCUAGAACCAUAAGGCGCUCUUACACUGUGCAACUUGUCUCGCAAUUUGUCCCACAAUUUUGUUGCGACACAAAUUGCAUAGUGUAACAUGCCUCGCAGUCAUCAAGUUGUGCAAUAUUUUUGCUGCAUUAGUUGCGUUGCACAAAGUAGAAGCAGGUUUUACUUUUCGCAACGAUUGCGGCAACGCUGCAAGAAAUUUAAAGGCCCGUUUACACUUGCAAUUUUUGCUGCGAUUUUCUUCUUCUGAUGGAUGUGAGCGAGUAGAUAAGUUAUGAAUGUUCAGAGGAGGGUACAUAAACUCAGAACAAUGAAGAACAUUAAUAGCUCAUCCACUCGUUCACAUGCAUCAGAAGAAGAAAAUCGCACUGGAAAUCGCAGCAAAAAUUGCAAGUGUAAACGGGCCUCAACAGUGUCACACCCCUCUUGCAACUUGUCUCGCAACGAUUUUGUUGAUCAGCCAAUAAAAACUCAUUAUUAAAUAUUAGCCCACAUCGCUCAUGAUUGCGAGACAAGUUGCAAAACAAAUUGCAUAGUGUAACAUCCCUGGUCGUGCAAUGGCUAAAUAUUUUAAAAAUGAAGCCAUUGCGAGACAAGUUGCUUAUAGCCAUUAAUACUGUAUAUAAUGGGAAGAGGCAAUUAUACACGUUUUUAGAGGGCAAUACUAAAUUAGACAAAUGAACAUGUUAUGACAUGACAUGAUGUGACACAAAAAAUGCUUCAUUUUGCAGCAUCUUGUCUGUGCGGUGGCUGGACUCGUAAUUUCAUGUAUCUUGUGCAGUGCUGUGAUACCAAUGGGAUCUGUUGAAGAACACCGCAUGUUGGUGCACAACAAUGAACCCCAGGUAGAAUAUCGUUGGGGGAAAUAGUUGUCAGUGUGUGAAGUUCAGAAAUAUUCCCAUAUCAUGGUAAUAAAUUCUCUUAAAUUCUGUUUUAUUUCCAUGCUUAGUUGUCAGGAUUUUUCACUUUGUUUGAAAUAUAACAGGAUAUCACUAUAUCAGUACAUGUUGCAUGGUGUACAAGUAUACACAAAUAGCAAAAAUUAACAAAAAUACGCAACAUUUAUAUGUCAUAUAUGUAUUUGACGUUACAGACUUACAGUACAUGGUUGCAAAUAAAAUAAAAUGUUUAAAAAUGUUAAAAACAAUGAAAUCACUGAUCUCGAAUGAUGCUUAAUUGAUUUGCCUAGUGCUGUGCCUUUAAACGUCUUUGCCAUAUUUAAUAUUUUUGUAGAUAAAAAAGAGAAAGGGAACACACCUUGCAUCCUGGACAUGCUGCACAGAACUGAUGAAGGCGAAAAUUCCCGGUGAUAUAACUAACGAAGAUGGAAAACCAAAUGCGUAAAAACACCUUUAUUUUGUAAUGCUUCAUUUGUUACAUGUUUAGCUCAUAUGAAUCUAAGAAACGACUUCAGGAUGUGGUGCCUGCAGCUACUCCAGACAAAAUCGAUUAAGCCCUUUCAAAUGCGGGUGGAGAUGUCGAUGCUGCCGCACAACAUUUAUUAGGUACGAUUCAUGUGUGUUUUGCUGCUUUAGACAUAUAUAAUGAGUUGCAGACCACAAGUUGAAAAGUGAGUGGAUUUUAGAAUAUUUAUCGUAAAAUCCCAUAUUAACUUUUUAGGAUUAGAUGACAUUGUGGCCGACAGUGAUGAUGACGUGGAGAUAAUUGCAACAACGUCCAUGUACCUGGAAGAACCUCCGAAAACAAAUCCAAGUAAAUCAGAAUUGGAACAAUUCAGAGAAAGUACCAUCGAUGAAUCGUUAACCAGGCAGAGGUUCACUGUUUCGCGGGAAGAUGGUAUGGACGAGCUGAAGAAAGAUAUUCUUGAGUGCUAUAAGAAUCCCAGAGUAAAGCUCACAGCCAAACCUCGAGUGAAAUUCGAAGGUGAAGAAGGUGUAGGAAGUGGCCCAAUAAGAGAAUUUCUUCUCUGUGCGAUGAAAAUCGUUGAAGAUGGCCCAGAAGAAGUAUGGCAAACCUUUGCUAUAUUUUGAAGGCGAGGACAACCAUAAAAUACCAGUGCAUGGCCAUGCUUUGAGAUGCACAGGUGCAUUUACAGCUAUUGGCCGAAUUAUUGGUCACUCGAUUUUGCACUCGGGCCCAUUCGUGUACGGUUUGUCCGAAGCAAUUUUGCAGUAUUGGGUAUUAACUGUAAACGGUGACGUCGACGACCUUUUAUUGGAAAGUCUCGCAUUAGGUUUGGCGGAUACUCCAGAUGUUGAAUUGAGACAAUAUAUUACACAGGUAAAUAUUAAACAAAUGUACACUUUGGGAAAGGGGUGAUAACAAAAAGUAUAGUUUACUGUACAUAUUCAGCAAGCGAUAGAAUGGUACCAAGAUAGUGUACUCUAUUGUAUAUUUAUGAUUAUAAUAAGAAUAGACUAGCCCAUUAGUGAAAAUGCAAAUAGUGUCCCACUUCUGAUUCUGUUGUUUGUUGCGUUCUUCUGGAAUACCAGUUGAUGGACUAAUUCCAAGUUACGAUCAGUGGUUACGAUCUACAGCAACAUCAGGUCGAGGUCCAGUGCCAAAUCAAUACAAAACAUUACAAGUUUGCACGGAACCUCGUUCUCAAAAUAAUCUUUGUUGUCAAUGAAGCUUAAUUCGGAGGUGGACAAUUAACUUUCAAUUACUUAAGUCUUUUCACAAAGACAGUAACGACUACAGAAACACUAUUAAUAACAGAAAAAAUGAGAAGAUAGCAUUUUAAACGACAAUGCUAUUGUAUUUUUGUAACCGUUACUGUAUUUAUGAAAAGGCUUCAGUAACUGCCAGUUAAUUAACCGGUAUUAAAAGAAGAACGCUACAGAAGAAGAAGUUGGACACUUUUUGUAUUUUCUCUUUUAACCCCAAAUGAGUGGUGAACGAAAAGCCUAAAACAGGUUUAACGUACAACCCAAUUGCUAAGGCCCAGAGGCUUAGAUAUUAAUGUCCAAGUUAGUUUGUCGCGAGGGAGGAAAACCGCAGUAGUACACGGAGAAAAUCCUGAGAAGCCGAAACUCUACUUAUCAAGCCCAAGCAGAGGUAAAUACCGUGUUCAGACUUUUGCAGUACACGUGUAAAAAUUGAGAAAAUCAACAACUUGUUCCAGGUUGAUAUCAACAGGCGUGAACAAGGUUGUGCGGCCCACAUGUUGUUACAGCAUUGUAACCAUUGUUCAACUGUAACAACUUGGAACAACAUGGUUGACAACUUGUUCAUAGUUGGCCGCACAACAUUGUUCACGCCUGUCGAUAUCAACUUGGAAAAAACCUGUGCGUUUUUAGCCGUGUAGCAGGCUUAGGUAAGAUAGGUGGUAAGAUAGGGACAAGCGCACCUAGCAAUGCGUAUAGCCAAGUAAUUUCACUCAACACUAGUGAUUUCGUUUUUGCAGCUUGAAGAUCUGUCACAAGAUGAACCUGUUAGUGAUGAUCUCAAGGAUGGAAUCACGCCCUAUAUUUUCGAGGCUGGAUUAGAUAUCCACAUGCUAAAUGGUAACAGGAAGUUGCUGAUACAAGGUAUGGUUGUGUACUUUGUCAUACACAAGAGGAGGAGAGAAUUGGAUGACAUUGCAAAAGGUAUGCAGUUACAAGUGGGCUUGCACAGUAUUUUGUGUUCGAUUCGAAAAUGGUUGUAAAUACAAAUUGGUGAGCGCGUUUCUGCAAUAAUUCUCUUUCUUCUGAAAUUCGUAGUAAAUUAGUGUUGUUAAACUGACAAAUUAAGAUUCAACUUUUAUGGUCAACUAUAGCCUGCAUAGUGUGCUGUCAGGACUAAUUUAUCCAGCAUUUACAUAUAAUUAACCCCCCCCCCCAAAAAGACUCAAUUAUUGCCAACCCCUGUCACAGUGUACAAAACUUUUGUUCUCUGCAGGCAUGAAUGAAGUUGGGUUUCAUAACUUCAUGGGUAAAUGCAGCAUUGAUGUCGUAAAAAGCCUGUUCCCGAGGUCUGAAAUGCGAUUCGUGACAGCCGAGCAGAUGAAGGAGGCCAUCAUCUUUGAAGAGCCAACAGGCCACGAGGACACAAUCCUGUAUCUGUACCAAUACCUCAACGAACUGGAGAAAUAUGAUGAAGGUAUUAUAAUUGUACUUUAGUUCGCGUUUUCAAUAGUCAAACUAGGUCCUAACAGUGUAUUAAGAUUAGGUGAAAUAGUCAUGGAAAAUAACAAAAAUGCAUUUAUUUGCAAUUGGAGAUACACAUCAAUGCAGAACAUUGUCACUGAUGAGUAUUUGUUCAAUAAUAUGGACAUUUCUGUUAUCUAGGCAAACCUUCCAUUGACCUUUGCUGUUUUUGGACAGCCAUGAACAAUUUACCACCCCGGAAUGGUACUCUGCAGGUGAAAUUCCAAGAGGAUAACAGCCCUUUGCCUGUUGCUGAAACUUGUUUUUUUGCUAUAUCCCUCCCAACAGUCCAUGAAUCGUAUGAUGAUUUCAAGAAAUUUAUAGACAUAGCUCUCACUCAUGGUUCUCUGGGCAUACAUCAUUCAUAA